UCGGAGCUAUGAGCUUGGUCUAUCCACUCCUGCGGCUCCCGUGCCGCUGCGCCCUCGCGUCGGCGCCGCGGGCCGCCGCGGCGUCGGUGGUGUCGGCCUCGGCCUCGGCCUCGGCGGUGGACGGCGGGGGCGGGGACUGGGAGCUGACGGCGCGGGAGAGGAGGGAGAGGCGGAGGGAGGCGAGGGAGCUCAAGGCGCGGGACUGGAAGGAGGAGGUGGAGGAGCGGCUCAUCCACGAGCCGGCGCGGCGGCGGAAGAAGCCGCCGAAGCGGACGUGGCGGGAGGAGCUCAACCUCGACUUCCUCGCCGAGCACGGCCCCCAGUGGUGGCUCGUGCGCGUCUCCAUGGCGCCCGGCACCGACUACGUCGACCUCAUCACCAAGGCCGUCGCCCGCCGCUUCUCCGAGGUCUCCUUCAAGAUUUACAAUCCUGCAAUCCAAGUGAAGAAGAGGCUGAAAAGUGGUUUGAUCAGUACCAAGUCAAAACCUCUGCAUCCUGGGCUGGUCUUUCUGUACUGCACCUUAAACAAGGAGCUUCAUGAUUUCAUCAGAGACACCGAAGGUUGUUAUGGUUUCAUUGGAGCUACAAGAGGUUCCAUUAAAAGGCAGAUUAAGAAGCCUAAACCUAUUCCAGUUGAAGAGGUCGAAUCAAUUAUUAAAAAGGAGAAGGAGGAACAAGAGAAAGCUGACAAAGAAUUUGAAGACCUGGAAAACUGGGAUAAGGGGUCUUUUGGUAAACCCGUUGAAGACUCUGAACUUAUGUUAAUUAAUAAGAUCAAGAAACAAGUCAAGAAAUCAACUUCAAAAGGUGCCUCCAGCAACGACACUUUUACGCUUGGUGCCAGUGUUCAUGUUCUCUCCGGGCCGUUUGCAGGCUUCACUGGCUCUCUUCUGGAAGUAAAUCGCAAAAAUAAGAAGGUUACUGUCCAGAUGACACUUUUUGGCAAGGAGAGCUUUGUAGAUCUAGAUUUUGAUCAAAUUGAGGCACUGAAUACUUAAUGGUAGGCACAGACCACUGUAUCAGUAGUUUUGUUUUUCAAAAUAGAAUCAGAAGUUUGUCAGUUGGGCCCUGGAGAUAUGAAUAAAGCACUUGGGGUAUAUGGAUCUGUUGAAGACCACUGGAUUGGGUGACAAACACAAGAGAAGAGUUAGCCCGUGGGCCAGUAAACGUUAAGCCCCUGACAGGUGUUAAACGCUGGUUUGCGAACGAGGAUCGGAUCUGUUGAACCAGGGAAAUCGCGGACCUGACCUAACCUCCACUUGGUUGCUAAGGCCCUGUACAAUGCAAGGUGCUUGGAGUAGAUGCUUAGAGAAAUAAACCAGUUUUUCUCUAAGCACCGGUGCUCAUUUGUAGAGAGUAUACGCUUAAUUAAGCGUCUAUCACGUAGAAAUAAGCACCGGUGCUUAAGGAAAACUCGGUUUAUUUUACUAAGCAUCUCCCUAAGCACCUCCCAUUGUACAAGGCCUAAAGUUCCACCUCGACCCAGUUAUAUCAUAUAGAGAGCAAUGCUUCAACACUUUGUAUUCUUUUUUAGCACAAUAGGCUAUUCAUUCAUUUAAUAAUUGUGAUCAGUACAUGCAUUUACCAACCAGUUCAAAUGAGGCAAAAUUUUGUGUUUUAA